GUGUAUGUGGGGUGAGGUCAUGCUGGGGGCCGGCAGAGUUCUCCCAUGGUACACAUGAGAAGUGCUGUCCAUGAUGGGACGGAGUACUACAGGGACAGAGAGACAGACAUCAGGAUCACCAGCCUCCGCCUGAUAACACCCCCCCUCCUCACCUCUCCCCCUGCUCUGUUCAGAGAAGCCAGGAGGCCCCAUCUUCAGAGCCGAUACAUUCCUGCCUUCCUCAGGCCCCUUUGGGAUAGAACUUGGGAUGGUUUUCUCUCCGUAUGAAGAAGUUCUAGCUUUGUAUCUGGCAGCCCCUAUACCCAGCCCUGCCUACCAGUCCAGCACCCUGGUGCCAGUCCAGACAGAUCGAUCCCCUGAGGUGAGGGGCUUCUGCAAGCCCUCUUCAUGGGGCACACGCUUGCUCAGGUGCCGCCGCCGCCUGGACCCUCCAGGUUGGGCUUCCCUGCAUUUUAACAUGUGUCUGGUGUUGUUUUGAAAUGACCCACUUGUCUAGGCUGCCUACGAGUCAGCUUCUUACACUAGGCUUGAGAUCAGCGGUACCCGGUACCCGGUGUCGGCACCCUCAGCACCCCGGCACCUAGCACGGUCCUAGUCUGUCGUCCCCAGCAAUGCCUUCCCAACACUAGCCCUUAGAACUAAGGCUCUCCCUAGUGGAUUUGGUCUCUACUCUGUCUUCUAUUCAGGCCUUAAGGCAGCUGCAGAACCGCAUCUGGCUUUCAGGGUGUCACAGAAUCAGUCUUAGUAGCCUUCUAUCUGAUCAGGCAGCUGGUGGCCUGGAGAUGGGCGUGGCCUACUCGGGAUUCAUGGGAUGAGGGAAAAGUUGGAGGAUUCUUACCCUCUGCACCAUGUCCUCGGGACACCUUGUGGACCUGCCUCUUCCUGCCAGAAUGACCUCAUUGGCUUCUUGGCAGCUGCUGCUUCUCCUCUGUGUCGCCACCUUUGGGGAGCCACCGGCAAAGGUGGCACCUGGACCCACAGGUCAGCGGCCCGGACCCCAGGAACUCAUCAACGCCUGGGAAAAGGGCCCGCGGUGCGCGGAGCAGAGACCUGGGGUUGCAGGGCUGCGAGCUCGUAGGACCUCGCCGCCGCCGUGCCCACCGGUGGAGAGUUCCUCAGGGCGCCAGCGGCCUCCGUGCGCCGCCGCUCGCAGUCGCCUGAUUCCUGCACCCCGCGGAGCGGUGCUGGUGCAGCGCGAGAAGGACCUGUCAGCCUACAACUGGAACUCCUUCGGCCUGCGCUACGGCAGGAGGCAGGCGGCGCGGGCGGCGCGGGGCUGAGUGCAGGGCGGUGCGGGGAUUGCGGCCUCAGUCCGCGGGCAUGCAGGGCUGGGGUAGGAGACUUCUGGACUAGGGUAAUAAAGCAAUGCUGCUGUCUCACUGCUUGCGAUUCCUCCCUGACAUCUGCGGAACAGUGCAGAUGGGGCAGGUCCUCGUCUCUCUCAGUUGCCUCUUAGCUGAUUUCAAGAUGUCUCGGGUGCCAAAGUCGGUGCUUUUGAAACUAAUAGUUAAGGGAGGCCCUGGCUGUACCCCAGUCUGUUGCAACUCAAUGCUUUGAAAAUAUAAAAUAAAAAAUUAAGGGGCGGGAGAAAUGACUCGGCUGUUAAGA